AUGAAGAAAUUUCAUCUGUUCCCAACAAGAUGUCAAUCACAACAACCACAACAACCACAGCAUUCUCAACAAGUGCCAUCACUCUCACGAAACAUGCUUUUUCUUUUCACCACCACAACACUUGCUUUCUUACUUUUCAUGCUACCGCCACACGUCACAGCCAUGACUUCGAUUGCUACAUCAUCGAUCACCACAACAGACACUCUUUCAACGAUCAUGAAUCCACGAGAUGUUGCUUUCAAUCAAACCCAAGCAGUGGCGGAGGUAAAGGUAAUGGUGAUGGAUCAAUUCCUCAAUCCCAUACAAGAAUGUCUGACACUUGCUCCCAUCAAUCAAUACUAUUAUCCAUUCAUGUACACGUUUGAUACGGAUUAUUGGGAUUUCUGUGCCAUUGAUCAACCACAGAAGGUUCCUCCUGAAAUUUACAAGAUUGGAUCGUUGUAUCUCAACAACAACGACUCGUCUCUCUGUGAAAAUGUUUUAUGUUCCAUUGAAAGGCGAUGGGACUUGACCAAUCAAACACAACUCGUGUCACUAGGAGUUUUAUUUAAUUACUGUUUGCAUUGUAAUCAUUCAAGUGCAGAACAAUUUAGACAGGUAUUAAGCAAUCACUCUUGUCCUUCCUUUUCGACGAGUGUGAACUCGAUCACUCAAUCUCCAACGUUUCUUUCGAAAUUUAAUUAUUUGGCAGAUUAUCAUUGUAACUAUAAUAAUAGGAGAGAGAAUGAACCAUCGAAACAUUUGGGACUUUUUAAUUACAAUAUUCUCAUGACUGAUUACUUUAAGAGGUCUUUUUUAGAUUACUCAAAGAACAAUAACCUAUUUAAUCAAACAGGAACUUUUGGAGAUGCAAAUGCAGCAUUGAAAUCUGUUUCACUUUCAACUCUUUUCAAUUUUUAUUUUCAUGACUUGUUUGACAAGAUGGAUUCAAAUGAAUUGCCAUCAGCACCUUUGAAUGUUCCAAUCAGUUGUUGGUGUAAUUAUGAAUCUGAGAAUGGAAAAUCAUUUGGAUUUCAAUGCAAUGACUUUUACCAAAAUUGGCAAAUCAUGUUUGCAUAUAGAAUUUCAACAGUGAUCUUUGCCGUUCUCUAUGCAUUGGUGACAGUGUUUUUGGCCUUCUUUAUUGUCAUUCCUCGCUGUGUGGAGAGAGUUAUAUCCUUCAAGAAGAGAAGUGAAAUUGGUUUAGAAACCUCCAAAUUCAAAAAGUUUCUCUAUUUCGUGAGACACUAUUUUGACAUUGUCACACAACCUCCACUCUUGUUAACCAUUGGUUGUGUCACUGGAUUCUUAGAAAAUCUAUUAAGAUUUGCCUUUAACUUUACUACAUUUAUGCCACUUUACCAAGUCUACUUUCCAGGAAUAUUUAGAGGACUGGCAGCUAUUUUCAUGAUUUGUGGAUAUUCAAGUUUAGUAAUUUGUUGGAGUCAUGUCAUUGAUUUGGCCAACAGAAAAACAGAACCAAACAGAAGAGGUCUCUCCAAGCUUAAUAUUAUCAUUCUUUCCAUCUUUUAUUCAUGUGUCAUUGUAGUUGGAGUGAUUUCUGUGAUCAUUUUCCUAGCUGUGAAAAAUUAUGCCACUGCUUGGAUUUUACUCAGUUUUGCUGUCCUUAUUUAUUUGUUGACAUUUGUGGUUGGAUUUACCUUUUAUGGUGUGAAAAUACUCUUCGCAUUGAGAGCUACAGCACAAGAAAAGAAAAACUUUAUGGAAUAUCGAUUCACGAAAUUCAUUUUAGCUGUGACAGGAAUCUUCUUUCUUGGAUGGCUGGUUUCACUUGGAAUGUUAGUGACUUACAUUUUUGGUUAUGAUGUGUUGAGUGUGUUCUUUGGAUUGGCAAGAAAUCAAUUCAUGGAUUCUGGAUUGACUGCUGUCAUGGCAUUGUCCUCCUAUAUUACAUUUAAUGACACUUGUUUUGAAAUGACAUAUGGAAAGAAAAUCACAAAAUAUGUGAAUAUGAUUUUCACUUGUAAACGACCAUCGAAUCAGGUGGAACCUGAGAGAGUAUAA